CCACUAGGCCAUGGUGCUUCCACUGUCUGGGCCCCAACAAGCAUUUAUAGAACAAAUUAUUGUUCUAAAUUAUAAGGAUUACCAAAAUUAUUGUAAAAUAUUUUUUCUAUUAAUAUGUACUUUUAUGAUUUUCUAGAUGUAUUUUUUGUUCCAAAAUAAUAGAUUUUAUAGAAUUUUAAAGUAUUUUUGAUAGUUAAUGUUGAUAAAUUAUAUACUUUUAAAAAACACUAAUUUGAAAUAUUUGAAUUGAUUAAAUACUACUGGUUGAUAGUUAUUAAAAAAAAGCGAAAUAAAAUAAUUGUAAGCAUUUAUUAUAUUCUUAAUAUGCUUGAAUACUCUACAAAAUAUUUCUUUAGUGAACGGAGGGAGUAUAAUUAUUAACAAGAAUUUUUAAAAAAUCUUUAUUUAUAAUAUAAAAAUAUCAAUAAACUCUUGACUAAAUUAUUGAAUUGAUGGUGCUUUUAGACCAUCUCCAACCCAUCUUUAUAAUAGAGAUCUCUAAAAUAGAGGAAAAAAUAGAGAUGGUGUUUUUGCUCCAAUGUGUUCCUCUAUAAUAGAUGAAUGCUAUAUUUGCUUCUAUAAAUAGAGGAAUGCUAUUUUUUCCCUUAAAUAUAGAGGAAAAAAUAGCAUUCCUCUAUUUAUAGAGACAAAUAUAGUAUUUCUCUAUUAUAGAGUAACACAUUGGAGCUAAAACACCAUCUCUAUUUUUUCCUUUAUUUUAGAGAUCUCUAUUAUAGAAAUGGGUUGGAAAUGUUCUUACGGAUCAGAAAAGUGUCUAUAACAUGCAUUUUUCAAGUUUAAGUGCAAAGUUCUUCUUCUUCCUUUUUUCCUCCGGAAGAUUAUAACAUAACAUCAAAAGUGUACAACAUAUGGUAAUUUCAAGUUUUAAGUGCAAAGUUCAAGUUUAAGUUUAAGUACUAGUAUAUUAAUGGCCAUUUAUAUUUCACAGGCCCAGAGUAAUUAUAUACUUCCUGCUCCUCACAAAAACUCCACUAAAACCAUAAUUCCACCUAUCUCUAUCCGUACACAAGCCGACGCCGAAGCAGAAGAUCAGAAGCGCAGGGACAAUGUCUACGGGCAAAACGGUGAAGGAUGUGUCUCCACACGAGUUCGUCAAGGCUUACGCUGCCCAUCUCAAACGCUCAGGCAAGAUUGAGCUGCCACCGUGGACAGACAUAGUGAAGACUGGUAAGCUCAAGGAGCUUGCUCCAUAUGACCCUGGCUGGUACUACAUCAGAGCCGCGUCCAUGGCGAGGAAAGUGUACUUGAGAAGUGGACUUGGAGUCGGUGCGUUCCGUAGGAUCUAUGGAGGAAGCAAGAGGAACGGGAGCCGUCCUCCUCAUUUCUGUAAGAGCAGUGGUGGUGUUGCUCGUCAUAUUCUUCAGCAGCUUCAGACCAUGAACAUUGUCGAACUUGACACCAAAGGGUUAGUUGUUUAAGCAAAUCCUCACGGUUUCAUAUCUUCAUUUAUAAUCCCUCGGUUGAGGAAGAUAGGGUUUAAUCACCUAUUGUGAAACCGCUUGAUCCGUUAUUUGAAGGAUCCGCCGUCGGUUGCUUGAGCAAGGGUUUACCAUGUGUUACUUGGGAAAGAAGUGUCCUGGUACACAAUAGUACUGCCCUUUGGGUCGUUGUUAAGGUUUCAGAUAGAUAAUAAUCAUAGAGGUUGACUAACAAAGUCUUUGGUCUAAUAAUCCGAAUGGGAAACUGAUCUGCGAGAAUCUAGCUAGUUUUUACCUAUCUUUGGAUUUGAUGAUCUCUCAGUUUAAGUUCGAGUUUCUGUGGGUUAUGCAAUGUUGUUUGUUCACACCAUGAUUUAGCCACUCACCUCUCUGGUAGAGAGUACAGAACUAACUGCAGGGCCGUCUAACAGCACGCGCAAGUAGAGCGGUCGAACAGGGCCCCGAAAUAUAAAAAUAAAAAAUUUAAGGCUUUUUGGAAAUAUAUAGAUAAAUUAUGGUAAGAAACUUUAAAACUUUAGAUAUAAUGCUAAAUUUAGAACUUAUAAUUAAAAAAAAAAAAAAAUUAUUAAAUUUUAAAAUUACUUCAUAAAAUAUACGAUUAAUAUUUUUUUUGAACAGGGCUUCAAAUUAAUUUGAGACGGCCCUCGAACUAAGGUACACGAAACUUUUUUUUUUUUUGGUUAGUGCUUCCUGUCCUUUUCCUUGGGCUCAAUAUAUAUUUAUUUCACUUUUACUUAUAAUAAAAAAAAGCCUCUAUGGUGUUAGAUUAAUGCAAAGUCAUUUCUAGGCGUAGUAGGAUGAAACAUGUAUUUUGUUCACUAAAUUUUAAUGUGGACAAAUUUACGGACAAAUUUACUCAUAUCAGUAAAUUAAUGUGGUGUGGAGUUUGCCAGAUUGGUUUCCACAGCGAAGCUAAGUAUGAAGAUCACAUUAUUCUUAGGGAGAAGCCAUCAAAACGAACUUGAAGAAGGUGAAGUCGAGCGUUCCCCAAAGCGUGUUUGCAGGAGGCCCUUUCUCGUCUCCUUGUUAGUAGACUUUCACGUGACAAUAAGCAUUCUAGAGUAUCUCAUUAGGAUUAGUAGUGCUUUAUAAUAUGAUUUCAUUUUUUUUAUUUAUUUAUGUUAUUUAGUUUUCAUUGGUACGUUAGUUUAUAGCCUAAAGCUUUUUUUUAUGCAAUUUUGGUUUUUCAAAUUAACCAUGAAUUAUUCCGAUCACCUAUAUAAGGCACAUACAGAACUAAGGUGAAUUAUACACUUUAAUUUGCUGGUGCUUGUUGUCCUCUCGUUGAGCCCAAUCACCUUUACUUUCAUUUUCGGGAAAAGUUAUACCCUAGUCCCUAGAGAUUUUUCAGAUCAUCAUUUAUUUUUGUUUACUUACGGUAACGUUAACACAGUCUGACAAUGAAAUUAUGAAAGAAAUCUACAACUUUUCAUAAUUGGGAAGCCUUUGUAAAAAUUCGACGGUUUAUCUUCCCAAAAAAGCUUAAUCAUCAACUUUUAGCCUUAGGCUGCAUGCACACAUCACACAUGCAUGUUUGUAGUAGGUUAUUAUCUAGUUGCUCGUAUUUGCUUAGCUAUAGAUAUAUGUGGUUUACUCGAACUAAAACACUCCAUUACUCCUUUUUUCAAACGUUAAAGUCAAGAUAUGCAAAAAAAAAAAAAGUAUGAAAUUCAAACUGAUGAUGUUAGCUUCAAUCUUUUUUUCAAAACGUUUCCGGCAAGUUACGCUGAGAAGGACUAGAAUAUCUGAGAACGGCGUCGUUCAGCAGCGACUGUGUCUCAGUGACGCUGGUCUUAAGUAUCUAGCUAUGGAAGCAACGUGCAGAGAAGCAUCUGAGGAAGAGGGAUUUGCGAGAACAGCGAAAACAUCAGUCUGGUGGGACAUUGAGAACUGCGGUGUCCCAAAAGGUUGUGAUGGCCAUAAGAUUGCUCUCAACAUUAAAUCAGCUUUGGGGAAAAUGAAGUAUUGUGGUCCGCUCGCCAUUUAUGCUUAUGGUGACAUUAAUCAAAUGCGUUCAUCUGUACAACAAGCUCUCUCCUCCACCGGCGUAUCACUCAACCACGUCCCUCCCGGUUAAUAUAUCUAACCCCUUUCUUGAUUAUCAAGUCUCUAGUUUGUAUUUUUUAGUGGUGAUCAUUAAGGUGUCUUUGAUGGUGUGAUUUCAACAGGAGUUAAAGACGGGAGCGACAAGAAGAUCCUUGUAGAUAUGUUGUUGUGGACAAUGGAAAACCGAGCUCCUGCUAAUGUGAUGCUGAUCUCUGGUGAUGGAGAUUACUCAUAUGUUCUUCACCGAUUGAGGAUGAUGGGGUACAACGUUCUUUUAGUGCGACCUGAGAGUGCAUCUCGCUUUUUAGUUGCUGCAGCAGAUAGAAUAUGGUUAUGGAGGAGCGUAGUUGCUGGUGGCUCUGGCUCCGAGGUCAGCAAGGGUGUGAACUCAGGCCUUGGUCGUUGAAAGUAAGAGUAGCAAGAGAUUCCGUGUGCAUGUUCCUUGUCCUAAUUAGUUAUAAUGUGAAGAAACUCGUAACCUCUUCAAGAACCAACAAGUAUGUAUGUUUUUACUUUAUAUGUGGCUUGUUGUUGAGUCUUAAGAUUAAACCAUUUUUUUCUUCUUAAUUUGUUUUUGUUGUGUAGGCUUCGAUAGUAUAGCCACUCAAAGCAGUCAUGUCAAAUCAAAAACUAUGUGGUGUAAGAUUUGCGAAGUCCAUUACGCAACAGCUGGGCAUGAAGAACAUACCUCAGGGAGAAAACACAAAAACAAACUUAAAGUAUAAACAUUGGGUUAUAAGUUAUAGCUUAUAAGUGAAAGAAAUUGCAAUUUGUGUAUUUCAGAACUGGUUUUGAGGUACUUGUCUUUAAAUGUAUUUUGUAAAGGAGGAAGUGAUCUACGAAAUUAUAAACGUUUUUGUUCUGUAAGAUAGCGUUUUUACACUGUCUUUUACCCCCAAAAAAAUUAGUAGAGUAUUAUUGUGGCAAAAAUAUUAAAAAUUUAAAAUUCGAGACCUCUAGAUAGAAAUGUGUGAUUUUAGUUCCGCUAAUUAAAACUUUCACAUGCGUCCAUCUGCCUAAAAUUAUUAAAUAAAAUUGCUUAACAUCCCAUUUUCUAGUUUUUCUGCUAAUUAGUAAUUACCGAUAUACAGUAGAUCGACUUCCAAAGUUACACACGGCUAUCGUAGAUUAUACGCUUUAUUCAAGAAAGAAAACUAAAGGUUUCUUGGUCGACACGGUAAAGAAAUAAGAUGGAAACUUCUUAAUAAUUAGUUAUAUAGCUCAAUAACCAUGCUUUAGUAAGAUUUGUGGUAGCCAGAGUUUGAUUCCCACUUCAAGUGUCAAAUAAAGGGUACAUAGGCCAUAGCAGUAUAUACAUAGUGAAUCAAAGAGAAAGAAACUAAACUAGAUUAUUAUGUUGCAGAAGGCAAACGUUGAUGCAAGAACUUGAUAAGAAUUUAACCAAAGAUCACUAGAACAUGCACUCAUUCUCGACUCAAAAUUCCGAGAAGAAAGGGAUACAGAAAAAGAAACAACAAAGGAACAUAAAAUAGUAGAGAUUGCUGAUCUAAGGUUUCAAGGGGUCCAAGAAGAUAACGAGUAGAGAUAAAUGCCAUAUCAGAGGAUGUUUGGAUGUGUUUCCAGAGAGAGUACACAGAUGUGAAUGUGACUGGAGUUGGAAGAUAAGUCCAACCAUAAACGAACCAAAAUCAGGCUGGUCUAAAGAUUUAUAGGGUCAUAAACAAUAAUUUGAAGAAUUUAACAUUUCAACCAAAAAAAUAAUAAUUUGAAGAUGAAUUUUAAUAUAAACAAAAUUUCUCCAAUCUGAAAACAUACGAUUUAUAUAUAAUAGUGCUUUAAAAUUAAGAGUCAAAACAAAUGUUUUAUUGUGUUUUACCGAGAACUAACCCUAGGAAGCCAUAAAGAGUCUUUUUUUUGAAAAAAAAAAAACCCCAUAAAGAGUCUUGGAAAAUUUAAGGAGAAGCUGCCAAAAGAAAAGAUCAAGGAAAGAAACUAAGAGCACAUCCAAUAAAAAAUUCUCAUUAAAAGUUUGGUGGAAAUCUUUCGUUGGGGGAGGCUCUAAGAGCAAUUCCAACAUAAUUCCAACAAUAAGAAAUCACAUAAGUUUCUAAAAGAAAUAACAUAUUAGUAUUGUAAUUAUUUAAUUAUGUUUUAUUUUUCUAAAUUAACAAAAUCAUUAAUUUUCUCUUAUAUGAUGACAUGUAUUUUUUAGAUAUACUAAAAGUUUCUAAAAACCUCUAAAAUUAGAAUUUUGGUCUUCUCUCUUUUAAUUUCAUUUUUUUUUUGUUAAAUAUUUAGAAUCCCAACUAUUCAUGUGCUCUAAAUUCCAACUAUUCUAAUAUAAAGAAACUUUUUUUGUUUACAUUAGAAUAAAGAAACUAAUGACCAAUUAUUAUUAUUGAAGAGCUUUAUAAUUUAAUUACAACUCAAUAAUUAGUUUUAAUUUUUUAAAAGAAUGUUUAAUCUUUGGUUUCAAAUACUUUCUUAAUGGUUUUUUUCUAUCAGUACUUUCUUUUACUUUAUAUUCUCAUUAGACCACCAACUGCGGUCGGCCAAAAAACAAGAAAGAACACCAGCUAAUUUGUUCUCUACUUCGUUCUUCACAUAUUAAUUUAUAUUAUAUUUUAUUUCUAAUUAUAUAAUUAUUUGUGUGAAAAAUAGUUCCAUCCAUAUCAUAUAUAAAUGUAUAAUGGUUAUAGAAGUGAAAAUAUAAAAUAGAAAGAUAAUAAUUAAAAAGGCGAAAUAUGGUAUUUUAUUGUUUCACAUAUUUCAUAUUUUUGGAUUGAAAACAAAUUGUGGAUUGAAGAAAUUUGGCUGACAGUGAUGGAUACACACAUCUUUAUAGUCAAAUUCUAGAAAAUAUUUACUAUGUUAAACACUUCUUACUAUCCAAUAGUGAAUUGGAAUCCACCUUACCUAUUUUUCACACAUACCCAUUUAUUCACACAUCAAUUACAUAUGUCAUCAACUAUAACAAUUUAUAGUAUGUUUUCUUUUGAUCACCAAAUUUGUAUGGAAUUGAUACACCCUAUUUAAUUAACAUUUGUUCUAUUUGCUUUUUAAAUCGAUAAAGUUCGGUUUUAGCUCUGUAGUAUUCCCAAGUCCGGAGCAAACAUUAAUGGAAACAUUAAUCCAACUUAGUUUUAACCAGAUUCUAACUAAAAGAAUUUAGGGAUUACUUAAUAAGAGCUGCAGCUCUAGGACUUGUUUAUAUAAUAAUACCGGACGAAGCGUACGUGAAGAGAAAAACAUUGUAUGUUAUGUCUUGAAAUUAUCGUAGUUGUUAAUUAAGAAAACUGAGCUUUUAUUACGAACUUAAGAAAAAACAUUACAUUUAAAAACACUAGUGCAUCUCGUGGAACAUUGCAAUCUGACCUAGUCAAGAUAGUCGCAUAAGAUUUUGUCAAAGUAAAUGGUCUCAUCUUCAAACCCGAUGUUAUAAUUGGUAUGUCAUUGUCCCAAUGAUGUUAAGAUAAUUGGCUCAUCAACACGUCUAAGCAGAAAUAUUCAUCUCCAGAAUGGUGGAAUAGGCUGGUUGGACCAAACACUAAAGAAGCUCCUUUGUAGAAGGUCAAUGUGACGGAAGGCAACGAAAGCAUCUCGCAUUGGAUAGUACGUACCAUUGUAACAUGCCAAUUGACCAUCGCUAAAAACUGUUUAGAUACUCGUCAAGUUUGCUGUCAACAUGUCUCUUAAGCUCGAAGUAGAAUUCAUAAUGUUUCUAAAAAAAGAGAGAACUCAUAGUGCAAUACAAAAUUAGUACAUUAAGGUUACUUCGAGAUGUUUGUCAAAAGAAAAAAAAAGUGAUUACUUCGAGAAGCUUAUCUAUAAUAUUUUAUGGUAAGAGGGAAAGUGUCUCUGGAAAUGGAAUGGCUUAACAAUAUUAUAUUUUACUAAACAAACCAAUAUGCAGGUGUUGACAAAAACAAAACAAUACGCAGUUAUUACACCAUUGUAAAUCUUAUUAAUAAUAAAUAGCUUAUUCUAGCAAUUAUCUGUAAAUCAUUUGAGUUUUUUUAUAGAAAAAAAACAAUCUCUAAACUCUCAUUUUAUACAUCAAAAUAAAGUAAUCUAGGAUGAAAAGAAACAUUAUUUAAUCUCGUUUUUAUUUUUGUAUUUACAUAGAGGUAUGUCGAUCCUAUUUGCUAAUAAAAGAGGUAAUUGAAUCCUCAUAAGUGUUAAAGAUGAAUUACUUCAAACCAGUAAUAAAAAGAUUUCCACAUUAGAAACCAA